AGCGCAUUUGCUUCGGCAUCAGCUGCUAGGUGGGUUUUUGUUUUUUUUUUUGGAUUGAUCCUUUUCUGAGAAAGGAGGAGAGGUUAUGUCCCCCCGUUUGAUUUAGACAGGCCAGGAGGCUCCUGGGAGCCCCAUCCCCUCUUUUUAGGAGCAUGCCAUGGGGGGGAGUGGGGCUAGCCACAGAGGUACGGGCUGGCGUGAUCGUCUCGUUUUUUUUUCAGAGACGGGAGGGCAUGUUGGCUUGGCGAAGGGGCCCUCUCUAAACUAGUGCGCUUUGUUAGAUUGCCUCUCCUUCAUGCUAAAUCGAUCUGUAAAGAGAGGGAGGUGGACCUGAUUGCAGCUGAGACUUCAGUUUGCUUUUUAAGGUUCCAGAGCCCGCCUGAAGUGUGCCCCCCCCCCCCCCACCAGCCCUGUUUAAAAAUUUACUCACCCAGGAAAAGCUGUGGCUUUUUCUCUCUGUGUUUAGUCCCAAACUCCUUGUUAGGAUUUAAGCUAUAGCUUCUAUUUUUAGAGGGGUUUUUUUUGUGCUCUUCCAGAGACUUCUCAGGCUGGUUCAGUGUGCAGCUGAUUAAUGCACUCCUGGAAAAAUUAGUUUACCUCUAGGGGUUCUUUUCAUUCCCCCCCCCCCCGCCCCCAAAUGAGCAAGUGCAGUGGUUGAAGGAGAAAUAAAAAAAAAUCUAGGGAGAACCAGAACCUGGUGCAGCGAGUGCAACAAGGGGAAAAACCAACAAUUCCAGAGCAGUGUCAGUAAAGGUGUAUAGGGGAAUGGUGCACUUUGUGUCAAUGGUGUGGCGCAGGCUGCUGCGGAAGCGUUGGGUCCUGGGUAUUGUAUUUGGACUCUCCCUCAUCUAUUUCCUUACCAGUACCUUCAAACAGGAGGAGAGGACGGUACGCGAUCGGAAUCUUCUCCAAGUACAGGAACAUGAGCCCAUCAUGUGGAAGGUGCAGUUCAGCCUGGGAAAUAGCAGUCAGCGGAGUAACCAGUGCAGAAAUUCUGUCCAGGGGAAGCUAUUCAUUACAGAUGAGCUGGGCUACAUCUGCGAAAGGAAGGACGUGUUGGUGAACGGCUGUUGUAACGUCAACGUGCCUAGUGCAAAGCUCUAUAAUUGUGACAGCUGCCUGCCCAACGGUUGUUGCAGCGUGUACGAGUACUGCGUUUCCUGCUGUCUGCAGCCCAACAAGCAACUUCUCCUGGAGCGUUUCCUGAACCGGGCAGCUAUCGCUUUCCAGAACCUCUUCAUGGCAGUGGAAGAUCACUUUGAGUUGUGCUUGGCCAAGUGCAGGACUUCAUCACAGAGCGUGCAGCACGAAAACACCUACAGAGAUCCCAUUGCAAAGUACUGCUAUGGCGAGUAUCCCCCUGAGCUCCUGCCUAUUUGAAAGCUGCCUAAUCUGAACUAACAUGGGGAAAACAAACUGAGGAUUGGCGCCUGGAACUGCAAGACAAGAGCUGCUUGUACAAGAGCUUAAACUCUCAUCUUGAGAUUUCCAAAGACAAACAGAGUGAUUUGCAGUCUAAGCUUGGGACUUAUUUCUUGGGAAAAUCUCUCCUAUUUAGACUGAAGAACAUGAUAGACCUGCCAUGGAUGGGUGGGAGGGAAUCCUUUGAAUGGUUAAUCUAAUUGAAGAGCUACCAUUUAGAAUACAUGCAAUGGAUUUAGUCUGUAGAUCAGCAUAGAAAAGGGCAUAAUACAGCUUUUCAUCUCUACAUAGAAGUUAAAUUAUAUCCCCAAAGAACAUGGACUUUAGACCGACUGCUGUAGAUAUGAAGAGGGAUUUUUUGUGCUUAAAAGGUAAAUAAUGCCUAGGGAGCUUAUCUCCUGGAGGACUUUUCAGCAUCCACGGUGCAGACUUUAUAUGUAACUAUGAAUUAUUUAUUGGGUUUAUAUGGAAUAGCUGAAAGUAUUGAUGUUUCUUGUAGCCAUUGGCUGACUCCUUCCAAUCCAUAGAUUAUCCUGGAGAAAGGUCAUCCUUCAUCUUGACCAGAAUAACUCAUCUCUCUCUUCUGUCAGGGUUUUUUUUUUUUUUUUUUUUUUGCACUGGGGCCCAUCACCAUAGUAUUUGUGUGUCAGUUUAAACUGACAUAGCAAAGUCCCCUCUGGAAUUCAUGGAGCCUUCAGUUCCCAUAACAUGAGAGAGAAAGGAGAGCUCUGCAUGGGCUGGGGUGUUUUUGUGAGUGGAUGUAUAUGCCAUCCUAGUUAGAAAAGCUUAACAAAAGAAAGUCUCGCGGGGUAACCCGUAAGUCAUCCAACUCUUGAUUAUUCAGAUCUCCUUGCCUGAAGUACUGAGGCUUCUGCUGCUUGUACUGCACACCAGCAUGGCUCCAAAAUGCUUCGCUCCUGGUUGUGCAGGGGCAGGAGGUGAAAGGACUGGGGUGUUUUGGGAUCCUGGUUUUAAUGAGAUCCUGAUGAUGUAAGUAAUUAGACUACAAUGUCAGGACACGUGGCUCUAGCCCUCCUCUGAAGUUAGAUUAGCGGCCAGUUUCGCAGUAUUUCUAGUAACAGCUUAUAAAUGACAUUCCAGCAUGGGGUUCUGACCUGGCUGCUUGGAGGACUCUCUAGUUUGAGAUUUCAAUCUAAUUAGCGUGCUAAUUGAACACAGUGUUGAUUUCCCCCUGCAGUGUCCUGUCACUCUUGUAGGCUGCAGUUUAAAUCUUUCCUUCUGAUGCCUCUGUGAGGCCAGUCUGAAAGAAGGGAGUUGGGAGAAAUGUUUUUCCCGUGCUUCUAAAUGCUGAGAGAAUUUAUGUUUCCUGAAAGUCAGACUCCUAGCACUGAGCCAAACGCGGCAGUUCUGGUGUAUACAGCACCUCACUCCUAUUCUCUUCUGCUCUUGCCUCUACCAUAUAUCUGCUCCUUGGGUGUUGCCAUGGUUCUGACUUUGUGCUCAUGUAUGUUAAUCAAUACCUCUUACUCCUCCCUUGGGAUAAAGCAAUUUACCCAAUUAAGAAAUUAGAAUAAUGUGGCCGGUAUUCUAUGACAUCCCUUUGUUAAAAUAUUCUUUAGCCCAUUGCAGGUUGUUCUGUUGUGCUUAUAGUUAAACUUCAUGUGGCAUAAGCAAGAAUUUAAAAGUUACCAGGCAUCUCUAAUACGUGAAAUUGUGAAAACUCACUUGCAUUUUUUCCUCAUCCUUUCCCAAAAGUUUUCAAAUGAGAUAAGGUCUUGGAAAAUAAAAUGUCCCUGCCAGCAAGUCCUA